AAAGCAUACAAAAAGGAAUUUCCAACAUUAGCACGUAUAUCAAGUAAUUAUUUGUCAAUUCAAGCUACUAGUAUAGCUUGUGAGCAGGCUUUUUUAGUUACAACAAAUACUAUAUUACAUAUUCGAAGCUAUUUUGAUCCAAAAACUUCAAGAGCAUUUUUAUAUGCUAAAA